CAACACGAAGAAAGUUUCCAGCUGCAAAAUAUCAAAAUUUUUACGUGUCGUUCAUUCUUGUGGGUGCACAAGUUAUUUAAAACUGUCCAAUAACUAAAGUAGAACUUGGAGAACAGUAUAGAUGAUGUCCCAAUGAUGUCAAUGUUUACAAAUUUGCAUUCUUCAAUGAAUAAAUGUGCCGAGUCAACUCAAUGCACUCAUCACUGAUAAGUAAUCACGUGAUCCAAGAAUUUAGUCAAAAUGUCGGCGCCCACAACAACAAAAAUUUCCAGUGUUUUCAGAAAUCGUUUAUUUAAAAACAAAGUGGCUAUUGUCACUGGAGGUGCGACUGGCAUUGGGAAAGCCAUAACACAGGAGUUACUUUAUUUAGGUUGUAAUGUUAUGAUUGCAUCAAGAAAUGUUGAGAAACUGAGUAAGGCUGUAAAAGAAAUAGAACAAUCACCAUAUAAUAAAGGUUGUAUUGAUUCAGUUCAAUGUAAUAUUAGAAAAGAAGAACAGGUAAAAUCUAUGAUAUCAACUACAAUAGAUAAAUUUGGUAAAGUAGAUUACUUAGUAAAUAAUGGUGGGGGACAGUUUCCUAGUCCAGCAGAUAAUAUCUCAUUGAAAGGUUGGAAUGCAGUCAUAGAAACUAAUCUUACUGGUACAUUUUUAUGUUGUCGCGAAGCAUAUAAUCAAUGGAUGAAAGAUAAUGGAGGAGUUAUUAUUAAUAUUAUAGCUGAUAUGUGGAAAGGAUUUCCUUUAAUGAGCCAUACUGGAGCAGCCAGAUCAGGAGUAGAUAACCUUACUAAAAGUUUAGCUAUAGAAUGGGCUCAUAAUGGUGUUCGUAUUAACUCUGUUGCACCAGGAAGUUCUAUUUAUUCUGAUUCUGCAGCAGCUAAUUAUGGUGAUGCCAAGAUAUUUGAAAAAUGUCUUCACACAGUUCCUGCUAAUCGCUUAGGUACAACAGAAGAGGUAUCUGCUGCAGUAUGUUUCUUACUCUCUCCUGCUGCAACCUUUAUAUCAGGUGAAACUGUCAAAGUAGAUGCUGGUGCUAGUUUAUAUCAGUCUAUGUGGAACAUACCAGAACACAAUAAAUCUAAACCUUAUAAAUGGUCAACAGAUGAAGAAGCUGAAGACAAUACUAAAGACUCUCCAAAAUCCAAAUUAUAAUGGUUCAAAGGAUUAAGGAGUUUGUGUCAUUAUGAACUAUAUAUAGGGAUAUAUAUUUUAAUGCAUUUAAAAAAUCUACAUUUAAAUCUAAACCUCUAUUUCACUUAAAAGCUGAUUUUGAGAUAUGAAAAGUCAAGGGCAGUAACUCACUAACUGUUUGAUCAGGUUGAAGAUCUAGGACAAUUCUAAACAAGAAGAUUGAAGUCAGUUGCUGUGGAAAGAGUAGAGCUCAAUUUCAGCAACCCAGUAUCUGUAUUUACAUUCUUGCAAGACGAGUUAAAGCAGAACAGGAGCUGUAAGAAUGCUACUAACACACUGGUGGACUGCUGUUAAGUCCACUUAUGUGCUUAUCCAAUUGCAGAAAUUUGAUUGGUUAAUGCGGGGUCAUCAGAUUAGGUCAAAAGGUUAAUUUGACAAACUUUAAAAGGCCCAUCUUAAGACUCUAACUGAAGUAGAUAUAUUAAAAAUAAAAGCUAAUAAAAAAUCAAAUCCAAAGUGUAAUAAAUUGCAGAGGCAACCACAUCAUUCUAAAACAGAAGCUGUAUACAUUUCACAUUCACACAAAAUGCCCCCACAUUUUCUCAAACCAAGCUUAAUGAAUUCUGAAAAAUCCUGUCUAGACAGAAUGUAUACAAGACUGAUUUCUGAAAAAGCUUUUAAUAUUCAAGCAUAUCAUAGAAAUUUAAUUAGGUAUACAUAUGUAUAAUCAAAAAAUCCAAUCAAAAAUAAAUGAUACUGAGUUUAAUAUCUUUAAACAUUUUUACCUUGCUUUGCUUUUAGUAUUUUAUUGAUUUAUUAUAUACAAAACUUGAAAUACAAAUAAAUACACAGUACCAAAAGCAAAACAAAUUGAUCAUAAAUCCAUUUCAAUUUUUGAAAGAUGCAGCAAAAUGAAUUAAAUUCAUUUGUCAAUGAUAAUAUUUAAUUAUAAUACGGUUAUAAAGGGAAUCAAAAGAAUUAUUAAAACUUUGUUCAGUAUAGGAGACAUUUAAAGAUGGGUUUCCUUAUUUUUUAGUGUCAAAUUAAGCAAAUUUCUAAUGAAUUAUCAUGUAUUCUGUAUUCAUAUCAUUAUGUUCUUAUUGCAUUAUGAGUUUUAACCAUGUAUGUACAGUCUGGAUAAACAAGAAAAGACUCUUUGACCUUUCUCAUUAGAAUUCUGCUGUUAAUUCUCCUCUAAUUUAGCUAAUUAUGGAUUAAUUAUAGACAUGUGAGACAAACCGGUAUUUAAAAGACAUGAAAACGCCUCUACUUUCUAUUCAUAUAAGUAUUAGCAUUUUCAUUUUCAUGAAUGAAAAUAAGGGAACCCAUCUUUAAACGUUUAUUUUCAAAAUCUCUUGACAUUUAUUGUUCAAGUCAGUCUGAAAAAAAAAAUGCUCAAAUGAUUUUUUUUACCAUUGC